AUGGCUGCUGUUGUCGAGCAGUCCGCCAACUCUCUGGCCCCGCAAGCCGCAGCUGCUGGUGCUGCUACUGGCAACCGCACUGACGGCACAGGCGUCAUCCAGCUCGACCCCUGGCUCGAGCCGUUCGAGGACGCUUUCAAGAGGCGAUAUGCCAAAGCGCAAGACUGGCUCACCAAGCUGGACAAGACCGAGGGCGGCGUCGACAAAUUUUCCAAGGGCACCGAUACCUUUGGUUUCAAUGUCGAUUCCCAUGGCACCAUCACAUACAGGGAGUGGGCCCCCAAUGCCACUCACGCCUUUCUCACCGGCGACUUCAACAACUGGGACCGCGAGUCUCAUCCCAUGAAGAGGGACGAAUUCGGCGUUUUCGAAAUUGUGCUUCCUGCCAACAAUGGCCAGCCUGCCAUUCCCCACAACUCCAAGAUCAAGAUCUCUCUGCAAACGCCCAGCGGCGACCGUAUCGACCGCCUGCCAGCGUGGAUCAAGUAUGUCACCCAGGACCUGUCCGUCUCGCCGGCAUACGAUGCCCGCUUCUGGAACCCCCCCGCUUCGGAGAGGUAUCAGUUCAAGAACCCCAGGCCGAGCAAGCCUGCGAGCGCUCGCAUCUACGAGGCCCACGUCGGUAUCUCCUCGCCAGAACUGCGUGUCGCUACGUACAAGGAGUUCACCAAGAACAUGCUGCCAAGGAUCCGCGAUCUUGGCUAUAACGUCAUCCAGCUCAUGGCCAUUAUGGAGCACGCCUACUAUGCCAGCUUUGGCUACCAGAUCAACAGCUUCUUCGCCGCCAGCAGCCGGUACGGACCCCCCGAAGACCUCAAGGAGCUCGUGGACACUGCUCACGGCAUGGGCAUCACUGUGCUCCUCGAUAUUGUCCACAGCCACGCCUCCAAGAACGUGCUUGAUGGACUGAACGAGUUCGAUGGCACCGAUCACCAGUACUUCCACGAGGGUGCUCGCGGCCGUCAUGAGCUGUGGGACAGCAGGCUGUUCAACUAUGGUCACCAUGAGGUCAUGCGAUUCCUCCUUAGCAACCUCCGCUUCUGGAUGGACGAGUACCACUUUGAUGGUUUCCGCUUCGAUGGCGUGACAAGCAUGCUUUACCACCACCACGGCAUCGGAACUGGCUUCUCUGGUGGCUAUCACGAGUACUUUGGCGCCGAUGUUGACGAGGAAGCAGUUGUCUACCUCAUGGUGGCCAACCAGAUGCUUCACGACCUGUAUCCAGAGAGCAUCACCAUUGCCGAGGAUGUGUCCGGCAUGCCAGCUCUUUGUGUGCCGCUGUCGCUUGGUGGCCUUGGCUUCGACUACCGCCUGGCUAUGGCCAUCCCGGACAUGUGGAUCAAGAUCCUGAAGGAGCAGCAGGAUGAAGAAUGGGACAUUGGUAACAUCUGCUUCACUCUGACCAACAGACGGCAUGGCGAGAAGACCAUUGCCCUCGUCGGAGACAAAUCUCUUAUGAUGCAUCUGUGUGACGCCGAGAUGUACACCAACAUGUCGAACCUGACUCCGUUCACCUCCGUCAUUGACCGUGGCAUGGCCCUGCACAAGAUGAUCCGUCUUUUGACACAUUCCCUUGGCGGCGAAGGAUAUCUCAACUUUGAAGGCAACGAGUUUGGCCAUCCAGAGUGGCUCGACUUCCCUCGUGAGGGCAACCAGAACUCGUUCUGGUACGCGAGGCGGCAGUUCAACCUGACAGAAGAUCAUAACUUGCGGUACCAGUACCUCAACAACUUUGAUCGCGCUAUGAACACAACCGAGGCACAGUUUGGAUGGCUGCGCAGCCCCCAGGCCUACAUCUCUCUGAAGAACGAGUCUGACAAGAUCAUCGUCUUUGAGCGAGUAGGUUGCGUCUUCAUUUUCAACUUCCACCCCAACAAGAGUUUCGGCGACUACCGAGUUGCAAUCGAAACGCCUGGCACGUACAAGAUUGUUCUCAUUUCGGACUCCAAGGAUCUUGGGAGGCCACGGCCGUAUCGAGGAGGGCACCCGAUUUUUCACCACUCCCAUGGAGUGGAAUUGGACGGAAGAACUGGACGCACAUUUACAUUCCUUGCAGGACCGCUCUGGUAA